CCCUGAUGGUUCUGGUUCUGGUCCUGGUCCAGGUCCCGGUUCCUGCUCAGCAGCAGCCUUCUUGUUCACCCUGGUGGUCCUGGUCCUGGUCCUGGUCCCGGUUCCGGUACUGGUCCAGGUUCCGGUUCCGGUCCCGGUUCCAGCUCAGCAGCAGCCUUCCUGUUCACCCUGGUGGUCCAGGUCCUGGUCCCGGUUCCGGUCCCGGUCCAGGUUCCGGUUCCGGUCCCGGUUCCAGCUCAGCAGCAGCCUUCCUGUUCACCCUGGUGGUCCUGGUCCUGGUUCUGGUCCUGGUCCAGGUCCAGGUUCCAGCUCAGCAGCAGCCUUCCUGUUCACCCUGGUGGUCCUGGUCCUGGUUCUGGUCCUGGUCCAGGUCCAGGUCCAGGUCCCGGUUCCAGCUCAGCAGCAGCCUUCCUGUUCACCCUGGUGGUCCUGGUUCUGUCCUGGUUCUGGUCCUGGUUCUGGUUCUGGUUCUGGUUCUGGUUCUGGUCCCGGUCCAGGUCCAGGUCCCAGUUCCAGCUCAGCAGCAGCCUUCCUGUUCACCCUGGUGGUCCUGGUUCUGUCCUGGUUCUGGUCCCGGGUCCUGCUCAGCAGCAGCCUUCCUGUUCACCACUUUAUGCUGCAUAGCAGUUGUUGUCCACUAGGCGUCCRGCGYCCGGCGCU